CGCCCUUCUUUCUCCUAUCAAAACACACAUCUAAACAUUAUCAUCAAGAAAAAGAGGGGAAUUGCAUUAAACACAAGGGUAAAGCCUAUAAUUAGAUAUACACUAUAGGAGGCCCAAAAAAUGGAUAAAAAGGAGAAGGCAAAAGAGAAAAGAGAGAAGAGACGCCAAGAGAUAUCUCUUCUGCGCACCAUCCCAUAUUCAGAUCAUCAAAGAUGGUGGACGACAGAGACCAUUGCUGUAGUGACCGGUGGGAACAGAGGGAUUGGAUUUGAAAUCACCCACCAACUUGCAAUGCAUGGUUUGACAGUUGUUCUCACUUCACGAGAAACUGCUGUUGGUGAAGAAGCAGUUAAGGUCUUGCAAGAAGGAGGCUUAAAUGUGGUUUUCCAUCAACUAGAUAUUGUAGAUCCUGUAUCAAUUGAGACAUUUGCUGAUUGGUUGAAGGAAGAAUAUGGGGGUUUGGAUAUACUGAUAAACAAUGCAGGUGUGAAUUUCAACUUUGGUAAGGAUAACUCUGUGGAACAUGCAGAAAUAGUUAUCAAGACGAACUAUUAUGGCACCAAAAAUAUGAUCAAAACUAUGAUUCCAUUGAUGAAGCCCUCAAGUGCAGGCGGCCGUAUUGUAAGUGUCACCUCACGGUUAGGAAGACUCCGUGGCAAGCAGAAUAGAAUUGUGAAUGAUGAGUUGAGAGAAAAGUUGGAGGAUGUGGAGUCACUAACAGAGGAAUUCAUUGAUGACAUGGUGGAAACAUUCUUAAAACAAACAAAGGAUGGGAGUUGGGUGUCAGGGGGAUGGCCACAAACAUUUACAGAUUACUCGCUAUCGAAGCUUGCUGUUAAUGCAUUCACAAGAGUAAUGGGACGCCAACUUGCAGAACGAGAGGAAGGUCAUAAGAUAUACAUUAAUUGCUAUUGUCCUGGUUGGGUGAAGACUGCCAUGACUGGUUGGGCCGGGAGUAUUUCCCCCGAAGACGCAGCCGACACUGGCGUCUGGCUGGCACUCCUCCCUGACUUGAGUAUCACUGGCAAAUUCUUUGCUGAGAGGCGAGAGAGAAAUUUCUAAUAAUGUUGUAUCUCAGGUCAUAUUGUCCAAUGGUCUCUUCUAUUGUAAAACAUAUAUAUCUAUACAUACACACAUUUGCUUAAAGAUCCUAAUGCUUAAU